GCAUUAGUGUGCGUACCAGUGUUGGAAUGGAAUGGAAAAUCCGAAAAUAAAGGGAUAUUUUUGUGAAAAUCUGUAAAAUAGAGCUGGGAAAAUGCUACGGGAAAGUGGUGUACCUGUGUGUCUCCUUGUUCUGAACUUCCUCCUUGUGAUAUCUGCCACAAAUCACUGGUUACUGACGAAGGAGGGCAAAAUUCAGGCACAGGUGGAUUCUCCAUACUUCCUGAGACGUCCCGAUGAUCUCAUAGCCUUCCUCAAUCAAAGUAAAUAUCAACAAAUGGUAGACUCGCUGUAUGCUGAGCUCCUGCACAUAAAGACAGAUCUUCGGAUGAAGAUUAAUCAUGUGGAUUCCUAUACUGUGGAUUUUAUGUAUCAGACAAAGUGUAUUGUCCAGUACUUUCUGCAGGAGAGUGACCUCAUGAACUCUGUGACAACAAAAAGUUAUCUCAGUCGGCUGUACAAACCAGAUGUCGACUCUUUGACAUUUGUCGAGGGAGGAGUGCCAAGAUGUGGUGAUUUUCUGCAACUUCCCUUCUCUCUCAUGUGCUUCGAACACUUGGAUGGUAUGUAUAAUCGCAAGAAUUUGUCCAUGAAUGUGGAGCAGACACUGCUACUGCUCGGACUUGAGCUGUCAAAUCCUCAUUUGGGCAAUAUGCUAGUGACAAAGCUCAGGCGGGAUCCAUACGCAUGGCGAUAUCACACCCUGGCUUCACUCUAUUGGCGCUCGAAGGGCAAUGCCCAGGAGGCCAUGGAAUGUGCUCGAAGGGGUGUUUACUUGGCUCCUAGACAAUUUAAAGACAUAGCCCUGUUGAGCAUGGGAACCAUUCUCCAGCGUUCCCGGAAGCAUGCGGAUGCCGUGAUUGUCCUGUCAGCGGCUGUAGAUCAUGCAUCCAGUGCUGAGAAUCACAUGGCUCUGGCCAAUACUUUGGUAUUGGUGUCUGAGUUCAAUCGUUCCCUUGUUCACUACGAAGCGGCCAGGGCUCUGGACAAUUCCCUGUCGGAGAAGGUGACACACAUCAGGAACUCAAUGGUGUGCUUCAAGUACAUCAAGAAGCGCCUGUUGAAGAUAGCAGCCAUCCUGGAUGAGAUGUCUGAGAAGCUGAAGCUCUACGAUGAGCGAAAGCGAAUGCUGGAGGAAUCUGUGGAGAAGCUCCUGUUGGAGCAGACCCCAUUGACAGCCAGACGGGAGCAGCAGCAUGAUGAGGGCAGUGAUAGGCACAUAAAGGAGCUCCAUCAGCGUGGUCAGUACUGUUCCACUCGGUACACAGCCGGCUCUUCGGAGCCCGUGCUGUUUUGUGACUUUGUCUCGGACAUCCAGAUGAAGCUGGAGACAGGAGAUCUCAGUGUGGACCUCAUUGUAACGUACCUAGAGCACGCCAAUGAGCUCAUUCACACACACAUGCGUACCAUCGGCGUCUUCGAGCAACUCAAUGUAGACAACAUCGGAGACGAUGAUAUCGAGAGUCUCUUCAAUGGCACGGAACUCCUUCCGCCCACGGAUUCUCCGGCAGCCACGCCGAUCGGGGGUGCCCCCUAAGCACAAACCCUCAAAAUGUGCCAUUGAGAGCCACCUCGGCGUCUGUACAUAAGAAUUUUAUGCUCAUUUGUGAAAGAAACUGUGAUGUCUCGCGGAUUCACACACAUUCUCUAUUUAAGUGUCGAGUGAUUCCCCAGAGCUGUCAUCGCGGAGCCACUGAUCAAAUUGGGAGCCCCCUGAGAAAUUGCCAAUUUUAAGAAGGUGUCCACUCAGGUGAGAAUCCAAAUGGACUGCUAAUACGGUGAAAGUAAUUAAGCCGUUCAUGGUAAAAGACUUUUAAUUGCCAAUGACAGAGUUGAUGCAUUCAUAGAUUAUAGAUAAGAUGUGAUAUUUUAUUUUAAUUAUUCGAUUUAUUGCUUUUCCAAAUUAUGUUUAAAUUAACGUUCAAAUUUGAAAAAAAAUACACUCAGUCCCGGCAUUAAGUCCUUCGGGAUUAUGCACCUGACGGAAUUAUGCACAUACAAUUAUGCAAGUUUGCCUACCAUUGGGAGUCAAUUUAUGAAAUUAUUUUUGAAAUACGCCUGAAUGUAUACUAUUUUGCAACGCGGGAAAUUUGAAAACAUUUUGCUACUUUUUCAGAAUAAAACUUUAAUUUCUUUUAUUAAGGUAAAUUUUUUAAAUAUUCUAACCAUUUAUUGAAGAACUCUGGCCAAAAUUACUGUUUGUUAAUCUCGUUAAUGCAUUUUUAUUAAACAGUUGAAUCUUUUUGUUUGAACUACUUUUACUCCGCGCGAAAUUCGUUCUACAGCCGAUUUAUUCAAAAGAAAGCCCCUGAGGGUAUGAAAAUUUUCUCGAUGCAUAAUGCCAUUUCGCGCGUUUUUUUUCGGUCCCGAAAAUGUGCAUAAUCCCGGGACUGAGUGUAUGUUGAGUGUAUUUAGGGUAAAUGUGCUAAUUUAAAACCAUUUCCAGACGCUUUAACUUUGACAGAAGGAUCAACACAUCAAGUUCAAUUUUUUUUCUGAAGAAAAUUACAUAAUUUUGCUCCUAGACUCUUCUAGAAUGUUACUGUUUAAUGAAAAUUCUUUAAAUAUAAUUUGAAAACUUCUUUAAUACAAGAAGAAUACGCGAGUAUAAUAUGCUUCUAUUGGAAACAAAUUAAGCCAAAUGGAGACAAGGGAAAGUUUCUAAUUUGAGACAAACAGUGUAAGUGAAACUGCGAUGAAAGGCUUCCAAAACCUUGUUGAGUUGCUCUUGAAUGCAGGAUUUGUUCUUAUUCCUGGUCUUUUCUCCUUUCCCAUCUAAAACAAUAAGAAAACCUCUCCAAAAAAAAUCAUAUUUCCGAGGUUUCCUAUUGAAUCAUUUGCAGACACUUCAGAAAAAUCCUUUUUGUUCACGAAAUAAGUUACUAUUUCAUUUGAAAACUUGACGUACCGUUAGCAAUAAAGAUUAGCACUUAAUUUAACUAAAAUUAACCAUAAAUAUGACAUAAAUGUUAAGCAAAACGAUUAAACAACAGUCAAUUUAUUGUGUUUUUCAUUGGAAAACAUGGUCUAUAGUAAAGUGCCAAUAUUUAAACAAGCAGACUUCAGUGACUUAGACUUUUUAUUAACAACUUCUAAUGGUGACGAUCAGUGUCUAACAGGCACUUCCUCUUUUAUUUCGGACUUAUAUACAAGAAUAACCGGAAGUACUAUUAGGUUGUCUCUCUCUUAUUUGUCAGAUGGUACUCUGUACUAAAUACACUACAUAUAAAUGAAAAAUUCGAUAGUGAAAAGGUACACUUUUAAUUUUUCUAAGAAAUUAACAAAUCAAAAUUUGUGAAUAUGAAUGGAUUUUCGCUUUAUUUGUAGCAAAAUUAACUAAAUAAUGAAACUGUGGUAUAGAAAAUAUAUAAAUAUAAUAAUUUAGUACUGUAUUUAUCAUGAAAACAAUGACAUUUCCAUUUGGAGUAGCGAAAAAUUUCAAUUUGGAGCAGGUUUUGAAUUAGCUUAAUUUACCCUAAAUUGACGUUCAAAUUUGAAAAAAAAGAUAUGUUGAGUUUAUUUAAUAUCUAUACUUUAUAGAAGGUCGAAAUAUAAAUAAAGUCUACGCAAAAUAAAAAAAACAACGUAUACUAUAUUAAUUUACUCAUACAAAUCGUAAAAAAAGCUAAAAAGGUUAGAUUUUUUUGACACUGUACAAAUCAGCGGUAAUGGCUCAGGCACACCUUUCAAAUCAGGGGAAAAUUUCAUAAAGUCAAAAUUCAUAUCUCCUUCUUCCUUUAAAGUUUUGCAUAUGUCUGUCUUACUCUCACACUUCUUUUUUUUUACCAUUAAGAUUUUAAGAUUUUUCCAGGGGUCAGUUCUCCAUUUCGGAUAUUCCAAUGCAUCCAGGCCACCAAUUAGGCCCCUUAUGCUUCCCCACUCCUAUACUAUCUUAUCCCCAGAUACGGGUAGCCGCUUUAUAUCACAGCUCUGUGAGCAGUCAGUGCCGUUACUAUAUCACAGCAUCCCUUCUCGGUGUGUGUUUGGGAUCAGUGACAGCGAAUAUUUGUAUCGACUGAAGUACCACUUUCAAGCCGAAACUCGUUCUCGUACCAGCCUCUAUUGUUUAGGCGGUUCACUUUUUUUGCCAAUAUGCACCAUUGACAUUACUAUUUAUUCAUUCACUGCACGAAUUCAAAGCCGAUAUGGCAUGAGAAAUCUUUUUCUGCUGCUGCUCAGCUUUGAACCCUCGCACCCUGAAGACCUCGCACUCAUAGAGCUACUACACUAUCCACUGACCCACUCGAGGUCCCUACGAUCUGCCUUGCUGUUUGCUUAUUUUCACUGCUUAGUUUUUUUUUACCCGAAUUUUAAUUUCUUGAAAUUUUACCGAUCUAAAAGGUGUAUCGGAGCCAUAAAAAAUAAAUUUGAGCAAUACUAAAUUUAAAACUUCAAAAAUUGUGAUUCAUAUUGAAAAAACCCUUGCUAAUUGCCCGAAAAAAAACUGCGGAACUCGAGGAACCCAAAAAUUGCAUCAAAAACCAAAAAUCCAAAAAGAAACCAAAAAAUUUGUGAGCAAAAAUUAAAAUGAGUUGCUCCUCGACUUUAGAAGCAGCUUGUAAAACAGUUUUCAAUUUUAAUUUGCAACUAUAUUAGAUGCUAAUAAAUCAAAACAAAUUUCCACCUAAAAUAUAAUAUGUAUUUGCUGACAAAAUUUAUUUUUUUUUACUGCUGAUUUGUUUUUGCAGUUUUACUAUUGACCACAUUGAGGCUGAUUCUCUUAUUUGUUUAAGAAUUAUUUUAUGAUUUUCUGUGUGUCCUAGCUUAAAAUAUUAGAAAUAUUACCAGUAUAUGAUUUGAAUUUUAGAAAAAAAAAAUAACUAAAUGGAAGACAUAUACAACGAUAUUCUUCCGGGGGUAACUCACAUUGAGAGACCCUUGUCCAUUAUCCGAGAAACGCAUCGCGAAGCCUGACAAGCCUAAUUUUUGCAUCACAAAACCUGUGACCCACUUUUUGCAUCGCGAAACCUGAGAAACCCAAAAAUUACAUCGCGAAAUCCGAGAAACCCAAAAUUUGUACCGCAAUACCUCACUCUUUGCAUCGCCCGAAUAGGCCAACCCAUCGAAACCCGACAAACCCAAUUUUUGCAUCGCGAGACCCGAGAAACCCAAAAUUUGCACCACGAAACUCAAGAACACUAGUCUUUGCAUCGCCUAAACACGAGAAACCCACUCUUUGCAUACCGAAACCAAAGAAACCAAAAAAAUGCAUCGCGAAAUCUGAUAAAAUCUAUUUUUACAUCGCGACACUCGAGAAACUUUCUGUCAGAAAAAAUGAGUUACUCCUUGGUUUUCUCUACUUACACAUUCGGAGCAAUUUUCAUGAAAACUUGAAGAAUAUUGUCUGCAGCGCUGUAGGUUGAAACGUCAAACUUCUGUCAAAAAUGGAAUUUUUGACAAAAAUUACUCCCAAUUUGUAGAAGUCUUAAAGCUUAAAUUUUUGAGUUUGAAAGUGCAACUAAUAUAUUAAAAAUUAGAAAUUUAAUCGUAACUUUAAUUUUUUUUGUUUUGAGUUUACAAGACAUGGCUUACGCAGAAAAAGUCUGAUAAUGCAAAGAAAACAUUGGCGAAAUUCUGGUAUAAUAAAAAUUCACUAAUUAUUUUCCUUCCCACUUUUAUGGCCUCUACACAAUAGAGAAAUUUAUGUCCAUAUUGAAGAGUUUUUUCUACACAAACAUAGGGAAUUUGCUUCAAUAUGGAAAUAAAUUUCUCUAGUGUGUAGAGGCCAUUAGAGACCGUAGAAUUCGCAGAAAACCAAUUUAACGACUUAAUAAAAAAAAACAUCCCAGACUUGGACAUUCUUAUAGUUUGUUAUCAUCCACAGAGUCUAUUUUUCAUCGAUUCUAAAUAGCCUAAAAAAUUAUUUUUCGCAGAAUAUCCAUAUUUUCAUUUGGGUGCAGUUCAAAAAAAUGCGAAAGAGCUAGGCAGGGCUACAUUUUCCAGUUGUAGCGUGAGCCAUCAUUAGCGUGAGCCUAAUGAUGUUUUCUAGUGUUGAAUGAUAUCGACGACUCAGAAUAUAAAUCGAACAACUCGAUUUUUUUUUACAAAAUUUGUUUUAUUCGCUUUUGGAUACUUCUUUAUACGCUCCACCUUCCCUGCGAAUAUUAUACUUGAAAGAUAAUUAUUUUUAAAGUCAUAGAAGUUCAACUCAGCAUGUAAAAUCUCAGCUUCAAAUCGCUCUCCUGUCAAAUUUGCCCACUGCGAGUUAUUCGUUUCUUAUUCUAAGCAAUCGAUAUGCAGGUCAAUGAUUUUUAAGCUUCAGUCUUUUUUUUUUAAAUAAAAUUAUUGCGAUUUAUUUUACAUUUUUUUAAAUUUCGUUCAGCUCGGAUUUUAGUUCAGUUAAAAGAAAAUACAUUUCUGAAAACUUAUUAUCUUUAUCUAUCUAAAAUUUUGUUAAUGAUAAUCAACUCUGUCGGCAAAUCGUUUGAUUAAUUGCGAUUUGUUAUUUAAAAAAAAACAUUAUUUAAAAUAUUCCAACGUUUGUUUUCACCAAUUUCGCUUGACUUUAGGGUCAACGCUUUCGCGGGUGAAGUAGUUUUAUGAAUAAUUGCAAUUUCUCAGCCAUCAUGAAAAAUCAUUGCUCCCUGAAGGUGAAUAUCCGGCCAAGCAGCUCUGUCCAUUUUUUCAUUAAUUUUUGCCCAUUCAUUUAUCCCCAAGACAACUGAUAUUUAAUAUGAGAGGAUUGUUUAGAAAUGUUUUAGACGUAAUCCACAUGUAAUAAAGUACAAAUAUUCUAGCAAAUUCAA